ACAGAUGGUGCAGGGAGUCCUGGAUGCCCAAGUGAGGUUGAACACGCAGCAUGGAUGACUGGCACAGAGCCUUUGCCCAAAACACGCUUGUCCCUCCUCACCCACAGAGAGCACGGCAGCUCGGGAAGGAGUCCACAGCAUUCCAGUGUGUCCUGAAGUGGCUUGAUGGGCCACUAAUUAAACAGGGAAUCCUGGACAUGUUGUCGGAGCUUGAAUGCCACCUGCGAGUGUCUCUCUUCGAUGUCACCUACAGACACUUCUUUGGGAGGACAUGGAAAACCGUGGUGAAGCCCACCAAUCAACUGUCCAGGCAGCCACCCAGGAUCAUCUUCAACGAGCCUUUCUACUUCCACACCACCUUGAAUCACCCAAACAUCGUGGCCGUGGUAGAGGUGGUCGCUGAAGGCAGGAAGAGGGAUGGCUCCCUGCAGGUGCUGUCCUGUGGGUUUGGAAUUCUUCGCAUCUUUGGCAAUAAGCCGGAGUCUCCCACCUCUGCUGCCCAGGACAAACGCUCUGGGAACCAGGCUCUAGUUUUGAGAAGCCACUUGCGACUCCCGGAGAUGGUCAGUCAUCCGGCCUUUGCCAUCGUCUUCCAGCUGGAGUACGUGUUCAGCAGCCCUUCGGGAGCGGACGGCAGCGCAGCCUCGUCCACCUCUCUCUCCAACUUGGCAUGCAUGCACAUGGUUCGCUGGGCUGUCUGGAACCCCGAGCCGGAAGUAACCCCAGGAAAGGUGACACUGCCUCUUCAGGGUGGGAUCCAGCACAACCCUUCACACUGUCUGGUCUAUAAGGUGCCUUCAGCUAGCAUGAGCUCUGAGGAGGUGAAGCAGGUGGAGUCGGGAACCAUCCAGUUCCAGUUCUCGCUGAGCUCAGACACCCCCACAGAGCGUGCCGAUGGCCCCAAGGCAGAGCGGCGGUCCUCCAGGAAGACACCUGUGUCCCCUUCAGGCACACCAGCACCGACAAACCAGGAUCUUGCUGCAAUCCAGGACUCUCCUGUGGGACCAGGGCUGUCGCUCUCCCAGCUGGCAGCCUCCCCACAGUCUCUGACUCCACGCAGCUCUUCCAAGAUCCCUCCUCAGGCCCUGGACAGCUCUCAGUCCCCUCAGGGUCCCCAGCUCCAGGCAGAAUCCGUGUUAGAGGGCAGGGUCUCCCACCUGGAAGCUGACCUGAGCCAGACGUCCCUGGUUCUGGGGACCCCUGCUGUCAUUGAUCAUCUCCAGGAACUUCCCUUCACUCCUUUGCAUGCCCCCAUUGUUAUGGGGGCCCAGAGCAGGAGCUCUAGAAGCCAGCUCUCGAGAGCUGCAAUGGUGCUCCUGCAGUCAUCCGGCUUCCCUGAGAUCCUUGAUGCCAGGCAGCAGCCGGUGGAAGCCGUCAACCCCACUGACCCCGUGAGAUUCAACCCUCAGAAGGAAGAGUCAGACUGUCUUGGAGGGAAUGAGAUAGUGCUGCAGUUUCUGGCCUUCAGCAGAGCGGCCCAGGACUGCCCAGGAGCACCAUGGCCACAGACCGUGUAUUUCACCUUCCAGUUUUACCGUUUCCCUCCUGAGACUACGCCACGCCUGCAUCUGGUGAAGCUGGAUGGGACAGGCAAGAGCAGCUCCAGCUCCGUGUCCCACGUCCUCGUCCCCAUUAACAAAGACGGCUCCUUUGAUGCUGGAGCUUUUGUGGUUGUGAUGUGA